CACACUUUGCCUGUGUCACUCUCUCACCUCUCUCCUCCUAUACAGAGAAGUCAGCCAAUGCAUCAGCCUACAGCUCAUCUGGCUUCCACUCUUACUUUUCCCCUCCCUCAGCUCCUCACUUCUCUCUGCUCCUCUGCUGUCUGACACUUCAACUGCUGCCUCUACUCCGUCUUUUUUUCCUCCCUCUUCCUCCUCUCUACCUUCCUCUGCUCCGCAUCCUCCUCCUCUUCAAGCCACCAUGGUGAACAGAUAACCGCCCGGCCGUCCUGAGACCAUGGGUGCCUGCCUCUGCAAAGGUCACAAAGAGCUCCACCUUCCCAUGACAGCACUGCAGGACCAGACUGAGGAGGGUCAGCCAUCCACUGUCAAGGAUGGCCAGAAUCCCUCCAAUGGAGAUGUACCAGAUAAAACCAGCCACUACGACAUCGGCGAGCUUGCCACGUCCUCUUUGAUGGGUCUGGUGGCCACGAUAAAGGAGCAUAUCACCAAGCCGACGGCAAUGGCCCAGGGGCGAGUCGCCCACCUGAUUGAGUGGAAGGGUUGGGGUGGAGGCGGUGAGGCCGGGGGACGUGGGGGCGGUUGGAGCGGGGCCUACAGCAAAGGAGGAGGGGGUUGGGGGGGGAUGGGGGCAGAGCUGCAGGAGGAUGAGCAAUUCUACUCCCAAAUGACGGACGAAAUCAAGGAAGCCCGCUUUGCCGCAGGAGUGGCUGAGCAGUUUGCCCUGGCUGAGGCAGCCAUGAACGUGUGGUCAAUGAACGACAACUUAGAGCAGCCUUCCACCAGCUUACAAGCAGCACAGAGCCACUUCUUGUCUCAGUUCCUGCUGGACGGCGGCAGCGUUGGCAUUCCCCAGCACCUGUACAACAUCCAUGCCCAAACCUACAGCAACAACAGGGCAGCCAACCUGGUCCCUCUGAAACCGCCCGACUCCAUUUCCACAACAUCAAUCACUCAGCGGGACAGAGAUCAUCCCUUCGAGGACAGAAGCACUGUGACCGCAGAGGCUGCCGUCAGACACGUAGACAGCAGCUCGCUAUCUGAGGAUGAUGUUUUUUAUAACUAGGCUCAACAGGAAAACAAGUUGGCAAUCUUGAUGGCAAUCUCUAAAAUGAUCCUCCCUGAGAGGACUUGAGUCUCAACCACCAGCAGUGACUGAUACAAAAAAUAACCAAGGACAUUUGUGAGAUUUUUAAAGAGAAAAUUUGUCAAAUGGUUUGUCUGGAAGGGUGUCAGAGCCUGGUCUUCAGUUACAAAGACUCCAAACAGUAUUUUCUCCCUGGUUGAGACAUUUACUUUUCUGAAUGUACAUAGUUCCACUGUAACAUUUUUAUUUUUUAUUCAAUGUACAUUGAACGCUUUCAUAUUAUAUAUAGAACUGUGACGAGUCAAAUGAUACUGGUGUAAAUAUCUUGUUAUAAAACAUGGGUUUUAAUAUAUGUCCUGUAGAACUCCAGUCCAGUCCUGUUUGACAGAUUGAACAGAUGAAUUUUGGUUAUGGUUAAGUCCAACCUACAGAGAAAAUAUCACCAAAGAAAUGGAAAAUGUGUCUCCUUUGAGAUUUCUCAUCUGAAUCUGCAGAGAUGAAUUCUGUUGAAAAGAAAGCGUUCAUCCAAUUAUCUGAGUCCCGACUAUGAUUAGCUAUUAUUCACACUCCUGUGUCUGAGAGCGAUGGGUGCAGGGGAGUGGUGCAGAGAAAAGACCAGUGCACGAAAACAGAGAGAGAGGAGGACACAGAACAUGUCAGUGUGUGUGUGUGUGUGUGGUCGGUGUGUAUCUCUACAUGUAUGUUCAGCAGCCUGGUUAGAUGGUUGGAGAUAGAAGGUGUCAGUGUUGUUCAUGUGGCUCUUUAGCGCAGGUUUCCACAAAGUGAAGCUGUACUGUGUGGUGCAUUGUGGCUGUUUCCUCUGAAACAGAACAAAACAAAAGGCUAUGCGUGAUUGGAAUGAUCACCCAUCAGGAGACAAAACCCUUCAGCAGAACAGGCGACUGAUUUGAGGUCUAAUUAGUGCUCCAGUGCAACAACAACAUCUUGAGUCGCUGUGUUGUGAGAAGGAAACGUGAUACUGUAAAAAAGCGAAAGAUUGGACAGUUGCCCUUUAACAAGCUGAAAGUUAUUGUAGUACUGUGCCUGGGUCUGUUUAUGGUUUUAAGAGAAAUACUAUAGGUGCACAGAAGUAAAAUGAUUGCCUUAUUAAAAUCACUACAAUGUGUGAAGAGUCUGUAAACAACAGGGUAGCAGCAACUAAACACAGUUUUUUUCUUAGAUAAUAAUCCUUCUGAAAGAAUCCCUUAAAGGAUAAUUCCAGUUUAUUAAAAUUUGGCUUUUAUUUUUGUAAGUCUUCUCUAGCAAUGUCACAGUGUUCAGAAAUCUCAAGGAUUACUUUAGUGAGUAACUACAGUGUUUUCACAAUAAUGACCACAAAUAUGAAAAUGGACAAGACCAGCAAACACACUGGAAGAUCAUAUGAUGGGACAUGUUUAUUUUCCAUUAAUGGACAGAAUCAGUCAAGAGGAGAGAAUUUUUUUUAGAAAAAGAACACUAUAAACUUUCUUGAUUUCUUGCGAUAUUUGUUGCUGAAGACUUUCCCUUUAUCUGUUUUCUUUCAGCGUGUUCAUCUAACAACACAAGUUACCUUUUUAAAAACAUUUUAUUUUGA